AAAAAAAAAAAAGAAGUGUGGGCAGAGAAAGACCACAAGCAAAACCGAAGAAGGAAGAUAUGGCAUUCGCCGUGAAUUUGGCCCCGUUGCCCCUCCGAUCACCGGAGAUCACCAUUGGUAGCAGUGGCUUCUCAAAUUCCCUCAUAUCUUUCAACAGAAAGAGACCAACGUUGUCCUUUGCCGUCAGCAAUUCUACCGAAGAACCACCAACAACCACGCCUGAAAUCGAGCUCGAGUUCUUGGGGCCAAAGCCUGGUGACGAUGGGAAGUAUCCGGUGGACAGAGCGGCGGCAGCGAGCGGAGAGAAGCUCCUAAGAACAAUAAUGGCGGAUAACAAAAUCGAACUCUACGGCACGUAUGGAAAGGUAAUGAACUGCGGUGGUGGCGGAAGCUGUGGCACUUGCAUCGUGGAGGUUGUAGAAGGAAAGGAGCUUUUAAAUGAGAGAACAAAUACAGAACUCAAAUACUUGAAAAAGAAACCGGAAUCAUGGAGGUUAGCUUGCCAGACCAUAGUCGGAAACAAAGAAAACUCCGGCAAGGUGCGGAUCCAGAGGUUGCCUCAAUGGAAGAAAUAAUAUCAACAAGAAUCCUUAGACUUGAUCGUUUUACAAGUCUCAUAAACUUGGUGUUGCGUUUGCAAUAUAUUCUCCAUAAACAACAUUUACAUAAAUACUUAUGUGGUGCGAUAUUGUUGUAGACAUUUCUUGAGCAAAUCAUUUUGUUUUGGAGGA